AUGUAUGGUAAUUUCUCAGUUGGAUCACAUGACACAAUUACCUCAAGAAUCGAUCAAGAUGUAUUGCAGGUCUGCCUACGUUUCCGAUUUUUUCUGCCUGUCGAGGUCUGUGCGCGCGUCUGUGCUGCUAUAGAUGGACAAAGUUUAACACAGUCAAGCUGCCAAUCACAGGAGGAAAAGGGACGAGAUAUGACGGAAUACGAUGAUCGGAACUGCGCGUCAAAUAUGUAUUUACCAAGCUGUACUUAUUACGUUUCGACGCCUGAUUUCACAUCAGUCUCGUCGUUUUUACCGCAGACCACUUCAUGUCAAAUUAAUUUCCCCUAUUCUCCCAACCUAGCCCAAGUCCAACCUGUUCGGGAAGUGGCUUUCAGGACUGACUAUGGACUCGAGCACCCGAGCAAAUGGCACUAUAGGGGCAAUUACGCGUCCUACUAUUCAGCGGACGACAUAAUGCACCGGGACUUGAUCCAGUCCUCCAGCAGCAGGGCAGACGUGAGAUUCAAAAACGAGACGCUGUACGCUCACCACGGCGGAACGACCUCUUCGUGCGCAAAUUUCUUCACCGGCGUUGGCCGAAAUGGGGUUCUCCCACAAGGCUUCGACCAGUUUUUUGAGGCUGCAAACUCGGAGAAAGCAACCGCAGAGCUGUCUAGACAAAAGGGCACAGAGUCACCAGGGGAACCGGGCAAUAAUACACAGGCUGUGCCCAAACAGGAGCAGCCGGAUAAGGCAGAGACGAGCGGGAGCGUCGACGAAGACUCUUCCUCCAACUGCGGCGACAAGAGCAGCCAACAGGGUCUACCAACGAAGUCCAGGAAGAAAAGGUGCCCAUACUCCAAAUACCAAAUCCGAGAACUUGAACGAGAGUUUUUCUUCAACGUGUACAUUAACAAAGAGAAGCGACUGCAACUGUCCAGGAUGUUAAACCUGACUGAUCGCCAGGUGAAGAUAUGGUUUCAGAAUCGGAGAAUGAAGGAGAAAAAGCUCAACCGCGACCGCUUGCAGUAUUUCACGGGGAACCCUUUAUUCUGAUAGGGUUCACUGUUUCACACUACCCUAUAAACACACAGGCCUCUCAAGACUGCUCCCUUCUCAUGUCGUAACAAAGGUACUUUUCUCAAGCCAGCAUUUAUUUAUUAGUUUGUCUCCUAUAUUUUUGCGUUAAUCAACAUUAUUUCGUCAUAUAGGUGUGCUUUGAGAUUAUUUAUGAAAAUAUACUCUUCUUGUAUAUGUGCAUUUUACAAACGCAUGUAAUGUUGUGGAGUGAAAUAAAGUAGACACGACAA